UCAAGCUGUGAAUGGCCACGGGAAAAUGAGGCAAAUCUCUAUUUGCACGCACAACCGGGCGUGGGAGCAGGAGAUGGGCAGAGAAGAAAUUGCAAAGACAGUUAGAGAUGAGAGAAAUGAGAGGAACGCAUCAAGCAAAGUCUCAGGUUAAGACAAUUAAAAAAGAUGUUUGCGUAUGUGCUGACUUGUUCGCAUCCUGCUGUGUGCCUGACUGAGGGCAUCUCUCUGAUAUUUACCAGUGCAGACUCGUAAGGCGCAGCGCUGGUUGCGUCGUAGUUCAGCGCAUGGCAAAGGGGACCAGGAAUGGUUGGGGAAGACGAUUUGUUCCUCCGUUUGCUCAGAGAAUAGAAAAUGAAAACUGAAGGACUCCCGAGGCGGUGCGAUGGUUUGACAUUUUAGAGGAGGAAGAACCUUUUUUUCAACGUGGGCGCGUGCAGACGGAUGGGAUUUAGAGAUGCCAACCAAGAAGCCAGGGGCACUAGAGGAGGGUGGGUUGCUAAAAUAUGAAUGGUGCGUCCUUCUUUCAUAAAUUUUUAGUCCAAACGAUACAUAAUUUAAAUUUUCUAGCCAAAUCUCUACCUAUCAAAGGUACUCGAAGCUUUUGUUGGCACAUGGAUGGAUGGCUUUAGCACGAAGGUAAACAAAGAGAGUCAAUGUAACUUUAUAUAGGUCACGUGUGAUCGCAACAUCAUAUCAAGUCACUCAUAUCGACUUUAAGAGGAGGACUUUGACGUGCGCUCUCGUGGAACUCCAGGUGCGCUCCAUGUUCUGUUCAGGACACACCGGUACCGGCGGUACCGGCGGGACCUAAAGCACAGCCGGGACUUGAUAGCAGCGUCGGGGCUGUGUGGCCAGUGAUGCCGGACACAUUCACUCUCAUACAGAACCGGACAGAGCCACGGCUGGGGCAGCUCGAGCGCACACUGGCCACAGACGGGAGCAGCCGCCCCGCCUGGGUCAUAGGAAUCCUGGCCAGUGUGCUGAUCUUCACCACGGUGGUGGACGUGCUGGGGAACCUGCUGGUGAUCAUCUCGGUGUUCAGGAACCGUAAACUGAGGAACUCUGGAAAUGUGUUUGUGGUGAGUUUGGCGUUCGCUGACCUUGUGGUAGCCUUUUACCCCUACCCUUUGGUUCUCUAUGCUCUCUUUCAUGAUGGAUGGGCACUGGGAAACACACAAUGCAUGGUCAGUGGUUUCCUCAUGGGGCUGAGCGUCAUCGGCUCCAUUUUCAACAUCACUGGAAUUGCAGUGAACAGAUACUGCUACAUCUGUCACUCAUUCUCCUACAGUCGGCUGUACAGCUAUCGUAACACUCUGCUGUUUGUUGCCUUAAUAUGGGUGCUCACAAUAGUGGCAAUUAUCCCCAAUUUCUUCGUCGGAUCCCUGCGCUACGACCCGCGGGUCUACUCCUGUACCUUUGCCCAGAAUGUCAGCAGUUCGUACACGGUGGCUGUAGUGGUGGUCCACUUCCUAGUUCCUAUUGCCGUGGUUACCUUCUGUUAUCUACGCAUCUGGGUGCUUGUGAUUCAGGUGCGACGUAAGGUAAAGACAGAAGAGAGCCCUCGCCUCAGGCCGAGUGACCUGCGGAAUUUCAUCACCAUGUUUGUUGUCUUCGUGUUGUUCGCCAUCUGCUGGGCUCCGCUAAACCUGAUCGGCUUGGCGGUGGCCAUAGAUCCAACACGUGUAGCUCCCCUCAUCCCCGAGUGGCUUUUUGUUGUCAGCUACUUCAUGGCCUACUUCAAUAGCUGUCUGAACGCCAUCAUCUAUGGCCUUCUCAACAGGAAUUUUAGGAACGAGUACAAACGCAUCGUCACCUCCGUCUGGGUGACGCGGCUCUUUGUGACAGAGACUUCGCGAGCCGCUACAGACGGCAGGAGCAUGAAGAGCAAGCAAUCACCACCCCCGCCACUCAACAACAACGAGUCAGUGAGAGAUCGCAUCAACAAAGAAUGAAAUCUAGACUCCUAAGUCUGUGAAAUGGUUAUUACUGUUUUUAUGAGACAUUCAGACAAGUGUGCAGCUAAAGGAGUAUCAAGCAAAAGAGAUAAAACUGUAACACAUGGCUGGGUUUUCUAAUGGAUGACAUGGUGCGAAUUGUUAACAUCUAUGAACUUUUUUAAUAUAAUGGAAAACUGUUUAAAGUUACGUAAUACCUAUGAGUUGCAAGUUUAUUGUUCUUUGCUAAAGUGCUUUGCUUAAGUGCUUAAUAAGGAGUUUCCUCUGUGUUGUAAGCAUUAACAGAGUCAAUGUUUUAGCGAUGCUGUGUCCUCAGGAGCCAUGCAUUGCAGUUUUAUUUCGCUCUUACUUAGAGAAUGUACCAUCCAUACAACCUGGAUGGUACAUUCUUAAUUCAAGGGGUGAAAAAUGCUUUUGUAGACUCCCAGACAUAUCUCACAACACAAGGUAACCACUGUUAAACACUCACCUCUCUUUAGUAACUAUGAAAGCCUCAAAAAGUUAAACCUGCCUCGACUCGACUGAAGAAGAGAAAAGGUAGAAAAGGAGAUAAGGUGGAUCUGUCUGUUGUGUAAAACACCGGUCUGAUGAGAUUUUACAUGAUGGUGAUGUAAGAUGGUCUGAACUGACAUGUUUACGGAGUGGCAGGAUUAGCCGCCAGGUCUGACACUCUUGCACUGCAAACAAAAACUUAGUAAUGAACUUAGUAUCUUUAACCAGGAAUUAAAGUAAUUGAACUUAGUAAGAUGCAUUUUUUUUUUUUUUUUAAAUACGUUUUUGCUUUUUUAAAAUCCCAAAACAAAUAAUUCAUGUGAUGUAGCAGGUGGAGGACACCAACAUUUCUGCUAUUGCUGCUGUAUCCAUCGUUCUGCACAAAUCCUCGACUACUCAGCUGCUGUGGUGCAUCAUCAUGUAACGCUAUUGCAACUUCACAUAAGGAGAGCACAACUCCAUACACUCAUGUAGACUAGUAGACAAACCUGCAAGACAUUAGCUGUUCAGCUUCUCAUAGCAUAGCAGCAGUGCGGCUGCAUGGAUGAUUCUUUAAGCACACUUACAUUUUGCUAGGCAAUUUGAAAAAAAGAAAAAAAGAAAAAGCAGCAACUGUCACAAUCCAAGACAUCCGAUAUCAGUUAUAGCUCAAAAUCAUAUUCACUUAUAAUUGAGACAAUCCCUAAUGCUUUGAACAUGCAUAUUUUAAACAGGUGUCUAACUGAUUUAGUGUUACUUGUGCUGCCUCACAAAAACAAAAGGAAUACAAAGUUGAAGAUAUUUUCUCAGCUUCUAUGUCAGACAACCAAUGCCCCUUAAAAAAAAGACAGAGGAUAGACACAUUUAUAGCAGGCAAUAUAGAAUAUGAACAGGUUCCUCUGCCUGUUACAUCAUAUGCAGUAUGUGGUGCUCUUACACAGUGCCGGUGUCGGUACCAGAUGUGCUCGGGUGGUCAGAUGUGCUCGGGGUCCUUCGCCUGCGUUUGCAUGAUGAUGUAACACAUUGUGAUUGGCUGUACUUCAGAGAAUUGGAGAGAGAGAUCAAUAUCGACUUAUGAAAGAUGAAGAACUCAAACACAGCGUCAAAGCUGCCUUAAAUGUCGCACGGUCGAUGAGAGUCCCUCUCUGAUCAUAUUUACAUGCCGUUAUUCAAUGUUUGUAAUGACGCCGCCGACUGGUAACAGACAGUAAGCAUGUUUCACUAGUUUAACAUCAAAUGUACACUUUGUGCGCUAACUUCUUGUUGUGUCCAAAACACAUGACAGUUUUGACUGCUCUUGUAUUUCUUGGUAAAAAAAAAUCUACAUAGAGUUAUAGAAUUCAUCACCUAUUCACAGUCAGAAGACCUACGGAAACUACAUCUGUAAACUCUCCAACGAACUGCCAAUCACAAUGUGCUACAUCAUCAAUCAGCCAAUCAUAUUGCGUAACGUCACUAUAGCAGACGCAGGACCCCGAGCAGAUGUGACCACCCGAGCAGGUCUGGUACCUACACCGGUUCUUACUUACUUUAUAUUUCUUACUUUAUCUUUUCCUUUCAUGGGUUGUUUUCUAAUUUAUGAACUUUAUUUGCUAGGGACGUACUGAUGCUUUCACUGUGGCAAAAUGAACAAAAACAAAAAGAGCACAAUGUAGGAAGCAUUAGGAGUUUUCUUGUCACUUGUGGGGUGUUUAAUUUGGUAGAAGAGUGACAUUCAUUGCCUCUUGAAUUACGUUUAAAAGAGAUGGAGAUUGUCGAAAAAAGAUACAGUUCAUAUCUGUAUUCCCAUCUCAGGGUGCCUAGCAAACAAUUCAUCGCAUUACUCAAUUUGUCUGAAGCAUUUGCAGAUAAUUGGCUGCCAUGUAAGGAAGUCUGAAGAUGGCUCAAAGGGAUAUUUUGUAAAUUAAUGUCAGUGUGGUUUUUAACUGUGGUAUAUUGUUAUUGGAGGUGUAUUCAAAAUGUGCUUUUUUUCAUUAUGAAUGAAGCUUCAAAACCCCAAAUUAAAAGUUUAAUGUUGGGAAAUGCUUAAACUCUUCUUCCAUUAACUCAACAGAAGUUGCAAUGUGCAUCUAAAGCAACUCGCUGAAUUGGCCUGUACAUUGCAUUUCUGCAAAUACAUUUGUCUUUCAGAGCGGGGUGAUGGACACAGCCUUUAAAUUGCACAUAUAGAAAAUACAUGAAUGGAAAAUCAAGAUGCUCAUAAUAGUUAUUUAUUUAUUUUUUUACAUUUAAAUGUGUUUAUCUGGAUAUGUGUGUUUUCUUAAACAGGGUUAAAAGUGUAAAGCCAUAGAUCAAGAAUGGUUUGGAUGGAAAGCUCAAAGUCUUACGAUGAGAAUUUGUAAGAAAACAAAAGCUUUUUUUGGGAGAGGACGUUAGAAAUCAGGGGUAACUAACAUUUUUGAUUCAGAUACAUUUAGGGAGAGCUGGGGCUGUUCUGACAACAGGGGUCGGAAGGUCAUUCAAUCCUUGGGGAAUCUGUCAGUGCUGUCCAGGUUUAACAUAUUUUUAAGAAAGGGAGAGCUUAGUAACAAAAAAAAUCUAAGAGUGACGUUGUAAGGGUAGAAACUAUAGCUCAAACAUCUGUGUUUAAGACGCACUUGCAGGACAAUAAAAUACUUUUUCAAACCAAAGAAACAAGCACAGCUGAAGGUAGCUGGGUGUUCAAACUCUUUUCUCAAGUUACUGCUGGAAAAAAUCUUCAAAACACCUUGGGUCCUUUAAUACUUUUUAUUUUCUCAUUUAAAAGUACUGCCUUACAGUUAACUCAAUAGUGUCAAAUUUUGACAAUAUGGUAUGUGCCAUACUUUCUCUUAAGACAAGAACCCAUUCCACAAAGUGGGUUUGCCUCCAUACUGCUUCUUUUCAUGUAUUUAGGACAUUCAGUGUCAUAUAGAAGUGCACAUGUCGGCUGAAGGGAGGAGACUCAAUAGCCAAAACAAAAGAGUAUUACCUUGCUCACCAUUGUGUUUUAUUUCCUUUGUACCCCGCUGCAAACUUAUGUAACUUUGUUCAUUUAUGUUCCCUAUACUUGCUGUAUGCACCCUUUACUUUGGGCCUGUUCUCCAUGCAAACAAGUCAGACAGCUAGUGUGUCACCUUAAAAGGUUAGAGUUACUGUUUUUCAACCUACACGUGAUUUGAAUGCUGUUUCCUGAUGUAUGCAGCACAUUCUUAAGGCUUGGGUUUUCCACUUUGCUGCAACAGCUUACUGGGCUUAGACACAGUUUCUAAAUGGUUAUCUGGAAUAAAAAUGGAAGUCGCAAAUGAUUACCCCUUUGUUAUGACAGAUUUGUUUUUAAUAUUCUAGCCUUUACAAGAUGCUAAAUUUAAUCAUGCCUGCUAGAAAAUGUUGAAGAGAGAUUUUUUUUUUUCAUUAUCAGACAUAUGAAUACUUAUUGGGGAAGUUUCUUUUCUAUACCGAAGGCUGAACAUCAUUUAAUUUCUGAGUGAAAAAAUGACAGUGAGCCCAAUUUUUACUGUGAUUUAAUCCUGAAGUGUAAAUUGGCUAUGCAACAUAAAUACUAAUGAGAUACAUACAAAUCUGCUUUAAAAAUAAAACAUACCAGGUUAUCACAAUACUUUUUUUAUAAGAAGAUUGAAAAGAUAAAGUUUCUGUGGGCCUCUAAUCCCUUUGUGUGCUGUAUUCAAUGAGGAGACAUGUCCUUGAAACUCAGCAUGAUGCUGUUGGAGUGCCUUUGCAAACUCCCCAGCAUCCCCGCACAAUACCCAUGCAGGGCUGACACUUUUGUACAAGAGGCAUUCCCCACUAUUUCUUAGUUUCUGAGCUUUUUUUUUUUUUUCUGCUACGUGAUCUCUGUUAUGGAGAAAAAGCAGCAUGAGCCAAGCAGCCACUUUGCAUUUUAAAGGCUACAGUAAACAUGGUUGCUACAAUUCAACAGAGGCAGUUUGUGAUUCCAGACCAUUGCUCACAAAAUAUCCUCAAAUCAUUGCAACUUCAUUAAGUUAAAGUGUAUUCAAUUUGAUUAAAAAAAAAAAGUGGCAUUCUAAUUAAGACUCUUGUUAAUCAAGGCCAUAGUUUGAUUUGAAAUACAACGUGGCCUUUUGAUCAGUAUUACAGUCUGCUCUGCGGGAACCUGGCAGCCCUGGGAGCAGCAUUCAAAUAUUAUCUGUGGCACAGCAGAGACAUGCCUGCAUGGCACAAUGCAGACUACCCACUUGCUUUUCUUGAAGUUUUUUAUUGUAGGCUGAGGGAUUAUAUUAUAUUCAGGUGGACAUAAUCACUAUUGACCAUUUUUUUUACAUGUGUGUCAUUCAUGUGUUAUGUAACCACAUGGCAGCGUUAGCUCGAAGCUAAAGAAGAAAAGGAUGCACCACUGAUGAAAUUAUAUGCAGUGUACCUUCACUGAGAUGAAAAUAAAAUGAUAAGCCCCGGGAGCAUAAUCGAAUGCAUUUACAGUGUGUUGUCAUAGGAAAUGCAGUGACAAACCACAGAAAACAAGAGGUUGUUUUUAUGCACCAUCUGCAGUGUUUACAGAAAAGAAACUAAUCUACCCAGUCAAAACGGUGACUAUGGAAAUAUUAAAAUGUUUGCAAAGCACAAAUCCUUUUUGCCUGAUAAAUAUUUACACUCUGUGGCCUCUAAAUUGGCUGCAGCUCAUUAGAAGAAGGUCACGUCUCUGUCUGCUGACAGCCUAGGUUCUUUGAAUUAAAUCAUAGGGUGGAAGUGAGAAUUUCUGUUAUUGCUGUAAUGUUUAUUAUCAUUGUUUUUUGGUGUGCACUCCCUGGGUUUAACAAGAAUUAGGAACAUCAUUUUGGAAUAAAAGCGAGGUUGGGUAUUGGCAGGAGAAGUUCCAUUUGGGGCAUUAAGCCAGUUGAUUUCUUGUGUCUUGAUAAAUGUCUUCUGUUCUGGAGCUUUUGUGAAUGUGCAUGCUUGUCUCAUGUUUUAAUGACUUGUGUUCAUUAACAAGAAUUCAGUGCAAGCUGCGAUGCCCUGCGGACGGUAACACGAGGAACAUGAACCAAAGGGAAAACUGUGGAAUGUAAUGGAAUUUGAAAUUUCAAACCCCUCAAAAAAGGCUUAGUGGUGACGCUGAGUCUCCUCAUAAUGAACUGUGUAUAAAGACAUUUUCAUUAUGUGUACAGUUCUACUGAAACACGCUGUGAUGGGAAAUAAAAUGGAUAUAUUAUAUGCUUUGUGAUAUUUGCUUGUUAAUGCAUUUGUGGAACCACGCGGCGCACUCCAGAGAUGAACCCUUGUAUCUUUCUUCUCAGUGUUUCAUGAAUCAGCCUUUGAAAGGUUUCUUAACAG